AUGGAGAUUUCUUCUCACCAGUUUCACCUCUUGCAGCAACUGAAUGAGCAGCGCAGGCAAGACUUAUUCUGUGACUGCAAUAUCCUGGUCGAGGGAAAGGUCUUUAAAGCACAUCGCAAUGUGCUGUUUGCCAGCAGCGGCUAUUUCAAAAUGCUCCUUUCGCAGAGCUCGAAGGAGACCGGUCAGCCGACGACAGCUACUUUCCAGGCAUUUUCUCCCGACACAUUUACAGUUAUUCUAGAUUUUGUAUAUUCGGGCAAAUUGUCUUUAACGGGUCAGAAUGUCAUCGAAGUCAUGUCGGCCGCUAGCUACCUGCAGAUGACCGACGUUAUCAGCGUUUGUAAAACAUUCAUUAAGUCGUCGCUCGACAUCAGCGAGAAGGAGAAGGAUCGCUACUUCAGUCUGUCCGACAAAGACGUAAACUCAAACGGCGUGGACCGAUCCUGCUUGUACGGCGCGGGCUGGAGGGCAGAAAGCAGCCCCCCGCAUUCGCACCUAAGCCCAGACCAAGGGACAUGUAUGAUGGGCGGGAACGCUUGGAGCAAUUUCAGCUACUAUCCGACUUCUCAAAGAAACGCCCAGCAGCAGCUGUCCAAACAGGAGCAACGGCAGGAUUCCGUAAAGAAAUCCCGUCACCUGGGAUUGCAGCAACCUUCUGACAUUCCUCACUAUAAAUCAUGCAAACUGGAGGACAGGGCUGUCGAGCCCGCUGGCCACAUUGCUCCGCCGGAGGAGCAAGUUCCGAUUGAAGCAGAAGUUGAAUCUCCUCACGUGGGAUACCAGUACGGCCAAGGGCCUGACGUGAUGCCGAGGAGCUUGGCUGUGUCACAACAGGAGCAUGAGUCGCCCCGUUCUUCUGGUAAAUCGAAGUCUUCAAAAGCAGACGAGCAGUACGCGAGCAUGCCCUCCAUCCUAGGGGUCAUGGGAAGCUGGGCUGAAGAUGAUCUGCCCAGGAUGAGGUUCAAGUGCCCGUUCUGCACUCACGUGGUGAAAAGAAAAGCAGAUCUAAAGCGUCACCUUCGCUGUCACACGGGAGAGCGCCCUUACCCUUGUGAGGCCUGUGGGAAGAGGUUUAGCCGGCUAGAUCACCUAAGUAGCCAUUUCCGAACAAUUCAUCAGGCUUGUAAGCCCAUCUGCAGAAAGUGUAAACGCCACGUGACGGAGCUAACAGGACAAGUGGUCCAAGAGGGGACGAGACGUUACAGACUCUGUAACGAGUGUUUGGCUGAAGCCGGCAUAGACAGUAUUCGCAUUGACUUGGAGGCUGAAGCACCCCUUGAAUUCCCACAAGACGGGGAUAAGGAUUCCAGGUGGCACUAUGGGGAAGACAACAGAUCCGACGUGGAGAUUGUGGAGGAUGGGUCAACCGACUUGGUCAUUCAGCAAGUUGAUGACAGUGAGGACGAAGCAGACGAAAAGGAAGUAAAACCAAAUAUUAGGUAGUCGUAAGACAAGGAGUA